AUGAAGCCCGCCUCCAGGCUGCCACUUACCUCCGAGUGCCACCACUACUACGACAUUGGCGAGGUACCCUGGGACAUCCAAAAGUUAGUCGUCCACUCCAUGACGCAAUUCUCAUGCCAUGCUUUCACGUUCGGACGUCUAACUAACUCUUUCCUCCUCCCCGGCACAAGAUACUGGCACCAGCGCUACUCCAUCUUCUCCUACUACGACGACGACGUGCAACUCACAGACGACGCCUGGUUCGGCGUCACCCCGGAGCCCGUCGCCGCCGCCAUCGCCGCCGACCUCGCGGCCCGCCAGCCCGCCUCCCACACCACGCUCGUCGACCUCUUCGCCGGCGCCGGCGGCAACGUCAUCGCCUUCGCCCUGUCCGGCCGCUGGCAGCGCAUCGUCGCCGUCGAGCGCGACGCCGCGACCCUGGCGUGCGCCCAGCACAACGCCGAGGUGUACGGCGUCCCCGACGGCCUCAUCACCUGGGUCCACGGCGACUGCUUCGAGUACCUCCGGCUCCUACGGCGGCAGCAGCAGCAGCAGCAGCAGACUCAGCAGCACCAGGAGGGUGAGAAUGAGGCGGCCGAGCUGCUGGCCCCGGAGCUCCAGGUCGACCCGGCCUCGACCGUCAUCUUCGCCAGCCCGCCCUGGGGCGGCGUGAGCUACCGCGACCAGGACGUCUUCGACCUGUCCACCAUGCAGCCCUACAACCUGCGGCAGCUGCACGAUGCCAGCGUCCCCUUUGAGCACGCGUUGUACCUGCCGCGCACCAGCGACCUGCGCCAGAUCGCCAAGCUUGUCCCUGGCGAGACCAAGGUUGACGUCAGGCAGUACUGCAUGGAAGGCGCAAGCAAGGCCAUGGUCGCUUACAUCCCGAGCACGACAAGUACGUGA